CGCACUUGAAUAUUGCAGUUUACGGUGCAGCAUAUCAUAUUCAUCGCCACUACAAAGAUGUGGUAUGCUGCAUUGCAAAGUAAAAGUCGGGUGUACAAAGAUUCGAGUCCGACUCGUUGACUUUUUCUCCCCAAAACAAUCACGUACUCAUCAUCGAUCCAAUCCUUUGGCACACUUUCACCUACUUUCCCCUCGCCGUUAAAAAUAUUAUCAUGAAGCUAAGAAGAUUUACCCUAGUGGCCAUUAUUCUACUUAUUUGUGAUCUCGCGUCUGCAAGAAGGGCUCGAGGAAAAGGGCGGAAAGGUGGAUUGAAUACAAAUACAAGGGUUCCUCCGGGGGGGCAAUGGAGGGAUACUGAUACUGCUAAGUACUACACAAAUUCUAAGGGAGCAAGAAUCAUUAAAUCAUCACACUUUGAUCUUGAAUUCACAUUGGGUCACAAAAUAAAUUUCAUGUGUGUUGCAAAGGGUCAUCCUCGGCCUCACAUUACUUGGUUUAAAGACGGGAUUGAGUUAUACUCGCACAGUUACCUUCAGGUACAUGAAUGGAGAGAGGGGAACGAACGGAUCAAGUCCAAGAUGGAAAUCGACCCAACGACUCAAAUGGAUGCAGGAAUAUACGAAUGCUAUGCUGACAACAAGUAUGCCGUGGACAAGAGAACGUUUCGAACUGAUUUUAUAACAAGCUUUGAUUAAUCGCAGUUAAGUAAAUUAUUAUUUAAGCAAUGUAAGUUAUAAAACUAUGCAAUUAAACAUAAUUAUUAUUAUGAUGUGGCACAACCA